UUUUUUUUUUUUUUGCACAAAUACUUAGGAGAGGACAUGGAGACACUGCUGCUGACUCUGCUUGGACUUCAGACAGUGAUGGGAAUGGGACACUGGUGCGAACACAUGGUGGAGGAGAGAGUGGAGAGAGUCCUGUCCCCACGUCUACAGCUUGAAGUGAACUGCUCUGAGGUUUAUCAGUACAACACCCGGGAUUGGAGGCUAGACGUGGACAGGAUGCGUGUCAAGCAUGGAGGUGACGACGGCAUCGCACUCUACUACAAACAGCAGGGGCCCAAGGCUUCCUGCUUCUUGUACAAACCCCCAGAGAUGGAGAGCAAGAUGGUGAACAAGACAGUGAGGGCAUGCUGUGAGGGCUGGGGCGGCCCACACUGCUCUGAGGGUGUGGGCGUGCGCGGUCAGUGCUACUCUACGUGGAGUUGUGAGGAAUUCCCCGGUAUUCAUAACUCCUCCCUUAUGUCCUUGGAGCAGUGCUGCAGCAGCCUAUGGGGACUGACAUGGAGAAACGCCUCUGACCAGACCUGCUUGUCUUGCACCUACACUCUCCUUCCUGACUCCCAGUCUUCCCCACUGGUGCGUAGUGGUCUGCUGGGUAGCGCCAGGGUGCCACAGGGUUCGGCCACUUGCAUGUCCUGGGGGGGAGCCCACUACCGCACUUUUGACAGGAAGCACUUCCACUUCCAGGGCAGCUGCACUUACCUGCUGGCCUCAUCUACUGAUGGGACAUGGGCGGUCUACAUCAGCACAGUCUGUGAUGGGAGAGGAGACUGCAGUAAGGCUAUAAAGAUGAUGCUGGGUCUAGACUUGGUCUCCGUUCUUCACAGUAACUUGACACUGAACAGCCGUAUUGUUCCAAAUGGAGAACCUCUUUUCCAAAAUGGAGUGAGUGUUCAUUGGCUGGGGGACUUUGUGUUUGUGGAGAGUGGCCUGGGUGUGAGAGUAAAGUUUGACAUGGCCAAUACGGUCUACCUGACAGUGACCGCCGAGCACCUGGCGUCCACCAGGGGGCUCUGUGGAGUCUACAACAACAACGCUGAUGAUGAUUUUACCACAAUGGGUGGAACUGUGUCCCAGUUCGCCGCCAGCUUCGGCAACUCAUGGAAAGUUCCUGACCAUCAGAAUGAAGGCUGCAGCGAUGCAGCUGAGCUCGGUCACAGCUGCGAUGUCUCAGGAGACAUUGCUUUGCGUAGGCAGGCAGAAUCUGUGUGUCAUCGACUCCUAGAAAACCCCUUCAAACACUGCCACCCCCAGCUGGACCCAGCAGCAUACAUCGACACCUGUCUGUACCUGUACUGCAGCCUGCCACCCAAAGAGAGGGACGGGGCAGUUUGUGACACUCUGGCCAGCUACGCCCGAGAGUGUGCCCAACAGCAUGUCAUCAUAAUGUGGAGGACAGCCACCCUUUGUGGUCGCGUCUGUCCCAGAGGUCAGGUGUUUUCGGACUGUGUGUCCUCCUGUCCCCCCAGCUGUGCUUCCCCGCAACCCCCAGGGCCUGCUGCAGCCGUUGGCCAGUGCAGGGAGGAGUGUGUGGGGGGUUGUGAGUGUCCGCCAGGCCUCUACCUUCACCAGGGACUCUGUCUAAAAAGAGACGAUUGUCCUUGUUUCCAUCGCAGACGCACCUACCAGUCAGGAGACAGGAUACAGCAGAGAUGCAACACCUGCGUGUGCCGAGCAGGCCAGUGGCAGUGCACUGGGGAGAAGUGCGCAGCCCAAUGCAGCCUGAUGGGGGCGCUACAGGUGACCACCUUUGACAAAAAGAGGUAUUCACUACAGUGCGGAGGCUGUCCGUUCACUGCUGUAGAGGACUUUGUUGACAGGAAGCUUGUGGUGAAUGUGCGCUGUGUGGAGUGUACAGCAGGAGGAGGCCUGGGUUGUCUAAGGGAGAUGUCAGUCACAGCACUUCGCACCACAGUCACCAUCACAGACACUGGUACAGUGACAUUGAACGGCCAGAGAGAGGCGUUGCCUGUGGUGACAGGGGACCUAGUUGUGCGUAGGGCCUCUUCUUCAUUUCUCCUAAUCCAGACCUUUGGAGCCCAGCUACUCUGGUACCUAGAUGGACCUUUAGCCCUCAUCACUUUGCAACCUGGAUUUGCAAACAAGGUGCGAGGCCUGUGUGGAACACUGACCUGGAACCAGCAUGAUGAUUUUACUACCCCAGAAGGAGACGUGGAGAACAGUGUGUCAUCCUUUGCAGGGAAAUUCACAUCAGAGCGCUGUACUCUACCUGGAGGAGCUCCGCCUGACCCCUGCACCACAUACACCCAGAGGAGAUACUACGCAGAGACGGUGUGCUCCGUAAUCCACAGCGCUGUCUUUAAGGUUUGUCAUGACGUGGUGGAGAGGGAGCCCUAUUUCCGUCUCUGUCUGUCGGAGGUUUGUGGCUGCGCUCCACAGAAGGCCUGUCACUGCACCGUCCUCACUGCCUACGCCCGACACUGUGCUCAGGAGGGCGUUGCAGUCCAGUGGCGCAACCACACCUUCUGCCCUCCCCAGUGUUCAGGGGGUCAGGUGUACCAGGAGUGUGGUCGUGCAUGCGGGGGCUCCUGUUCAGACCUGUGGCAGGGCUGGAGUUGUGAUGACGGUGGUGGGAUGGGCCUUAGGAUGUGUGUUCCAGGUUGCCAGUGCCAACCGGGACUAGUGCAGGACCACCAGAGCCAGUGUGUGCCCAUCACCAUGUGCCCAUGUGUGCAAGAAGACAAGAUUUACCAGCCUGGGGCUGUCAUCCAGAAUAACUGUAAUACAUGUGUGUGUGAGCAGGGGCUUUUUAACUGCACUCAAGAGAGCUGUGAGAAGGUGAACCCAUGUCCAAGCUCUCUGAUCUACUCUCCACGCUCCUGCCUCCUCACCUGCUCCAGUUUGGAUCCCCCUGGUCAACAACAAGGGUCCAGUGUCGGGCAGUCGAGCUGCAAAGAGCCUCUGUCUGGCUGUGUCUGUCCCCAAGGAACUGUCCUACUAGGUGAUCGCUGUGUUCUCCCAGAUGAGUGUCCAUGUCACCAUAAUGGUCGACUUUACUACAGCAAUGACACCAUCACUAAAGACUGCAACACAUGUGUGUGUAAGGAGCGCCGCUGGCACUGCAGCCAGUCUGCUUGUGCUGGUGUGUGCGUUGCAACUGGGGAUCCACACUAUGUAACAUUUGAUGGCCGCUGUUACUCUUUCCUGGGUGACUGCCAGUACGUGUUAGCAAGGGAGAUCAGUGGUUUGUUCAGUGUCACAGCGGAGAAUGUGCCUUGCGGGAGCACCGGGGUCACCUGCACAAAGUCGGUCACCCUCAGCCUGGGAAACACCAUCAUACACCUGCUGAGAGGUAAGGCUGUGACAGUAAACGGGAUGCCAGUUACGCUGCCAAAGUCCUACAGUGGCAGUGGUCUGACUUUGGAAAGGGCUGGGAUGUUUGUGUCCCUCUCCUCCCGACUCGGGGUCACUCUGCUGUGGGAUGGGGGUAUGCGUGUGUAUGUGCGUCUGGCUGCCCAUCUGCGGGGUCAGGUUGGGGGCCUGUGCGGUAACUUUGACGGGGAUACAGAGAACGACUUCACAACACGGCAGGGCAUCGUGGAGUCUACAGCUGAGCUGUUUGGAAACUCCUGGAAGGUCAGCCCCUCCUGCCCUGACGUGGCAGAUCAGGACCUCCGAGAUCCCUGUGCGCUGAACUUGCACAGAGUGACAUGGGCAAGGAAAAGGUGUGCAGUCCUGACCCAGGAGCUUUUCUCUCUGUGCCACCCUGAGGUGCCCUUCCAGCAGUAUUAUGACUGGUGUGUCUUUGAUGCUUGUGGCUGUGACUCAGGUGGGGACUGUGAAUGUCUCUGCACAGCCAUUGCUGCCUAUGCUGAGGAGUGUAACCGCCGAGGGAUCUACAUCCGCUGGAGGUCCCAGGAGCUCUGUCCUCUGCAGUGUGAGAAUGGACUUGUGUAUGAUCCCUGUGGUCCAGCUUGCUCUCUCUCUUGUCCCAGUGUUCAGCAGAGCCCACACUCCCAGUGUGGUGUCCUUUCCUGUGUGGAGGGCUGCUUCUGCCCUGCUGGCACUGUCCAACAUGGAGACAGCUGCAUUGCUCCAACUGAGUGUCCAUGUGAGUGGGAGGGCUCUAUGUUUCCACCUCGAACCACCAUCACUCAAAACUGCCAAAACUGUUCCUGUCAGGAUGGUGUGUGGCAGUGUGAGGGUGUGGCCUGCCCUCCUCCCUCCCCCCCCUGUCUAGAAACAGAGUUUACCUGUGCUCGGGGCCGUUGCAUCCCCUCUCAGUGGGUGUGUGACAAUGAGGAUGACUGUGGUGAUGGUUCAGAUGAGCUCUGUCCAUCCACCUACUGUGGCGUGGUCUGUGACAAAGGGGAGUUCCUGUGUGCUGGAGGACGUUGCAUUCUCUACCUCCAUCGCUGUGAUGGACAUGAUGACUGUGGGGACCUUAGUGAUGAGAGGGGAUGUGUAUGUGCACCAGGGGAGUUUCAGUGCCCAGGGGACAUGUGUGUCCCUGCAGACAGAGUAUGUGACGGACACAGAGACUGCCCCUCUGGAACAGAUGAAGCUGUCUGUCCAAGUAAAGUGACUUGUGCUCCUGACCAGUUUGCCUGCAGAGAUGGCACAUGUGUUUCCACCACUAAGCUGUGUGAUGGGACAUCUGACUGUCCAGGUGGAGAGGAUGAGAACAGAACCAUUUGCUACACUGUUAUCAUAACACCGUCACCCCCACAUGUCACCCCGACUGUGCCCACUUCAGCUUGUAGGUCCUAUGAGUUCAGCUGUGCCACUGGUGGACAGUGUGUGCCUCAGGCCUGGCGGUGUGAUGGGGAGACAGACUGUAUGGAUGCGAGUGAUGAGCAGCAGUGUACCACCCCCUGUGGCCCUGGCCAGGUUCAGUGCCUCAGUGGGGACCAGUGUGUUGACUACCACCAUCUCUAUAAAACCGUCUCACCGCCACCACCUGGCAGUAGGAACACCACUGUCCCCUGCCCUGAAUACACCUGUAUGGAUGGAUUCUGUAUCCCCUUCAACAUGGUAGACUGCCCAGACUCGUCACUAGCACCACUUGGAGGUCCCACAGAUGAGCAGGGUUGUAGAACUUGGAGCCCCUGGGGUCCCUGGAGCCCCUGCAGCACUUCCUGUGGGACAGGCUCCAUGAGCCGGCAGAGAACUUGCCCUCCAGGGGACCCACUGCGCCGUUGUCGGGGACAGGAAGUCCAGAGGCAGCAGUGCUUCAACACCACCUGCCCAGUGGAUGGUCAGUGGCUGCCCUGGGUGAGCUGGUCAAACUGUUCCAGUGGUUGUGGUGGAGUGCAGGUACGACACAGAGGCUGCAUCCCUCCUCGCUACGGAGGCCGAGAUUGCUCUCAGCUCCCUGGAUCGUCCAAUGUAGCCAUGGAAAUCAAGCCUUGUCCUGACGAUGGAUGUGCCAACACCAGCUGUCCCACUGGGCUGGUGAGACACAGCUGUGCUCCCUGUCCAGUUUCCUGUGCCCACAUCAGCAGUGGGACAACCUGUGAUCCCACAGCACAAUGCUUCUCAGGUUGCUGGUGUCCAGAGGGCCAGGUGAUGAGCCAUACACAACAGUGUGUGUUACCAGAGGAGUGUGCAUGUGAGGUGGCAGGUGUGCGCUACUGGCCGGGCCAGCAAAUAAAAGUGGACUGUGAAAUUUGUGUUUGUGAGAGAGGAAGACCUCAGAGAUGUCAGCCCAACCCAGACUGCUCAGUACACUGUGGCUGGUCAUCAUGGUCUGAGUGGGGAGAGUGUCUGGGGCCCUGCGGUGUCCACAGUGUUCAGUGGUCCUUCCGCAGCCCAAACAACCCUACCAAGCACGGAGACGGGAGAAUAUGCAGAGGAAUUUACAGGAAAGCUCGACGGUGUCAGACUGACCCCUGUGAUGAGUGUGAGUACCAGGGUCAGUCCCAUGCUGUGGGAGACAGAUGGAGAUCAGACCACUGCCAGUUAUGCCACUGUCUGUCCAACCUAACAGUGCAGUGUUCCCCCUAUUGUCCAUACACUGUCACUGGAUGCCCACAGGGCCAAAGUCUGGUGCCUGGAGAGGGAGACAGGUGUUGUUACUGCCAAGAUGGAAAUGACACAAUUCUCAUGACAAUUAGCCCUGAAACUGUGACCUCCAAGCCAACAGAGGAUACUUCACCCCUGGUUCCAACAUAUCCACUUCCUCCCGGAGAUGAGUGUUGGUCUCCCCUGGGUGUCCAGUCUUUGCCAGUUUCAAGUUUCAGUGCCUCAUCACAGCAGACAGGUCACCCCCCUGAGGCAGCUCGACUCCAUGGUCCAGAACCGGAGGAAUAUAAGGACCUGCCACAGCGGAGCCCUGAGGGACACACUAGCAACACACAAAGCCCCUAUCUACAGAUAGACCUGCUGAAACCAUACAACAUCACUGGUGUGUUAACCCAGGGUGGUGGUGUGUUUGGCACAUUCGUGUCCAGCUUUUACAUCCAGUUUAGCCAGGACGGCAGACAGUGGUACACUUACAAAGAGCUUGUUGCUGAUGCCCGGCCCAGAGCCAAGGUUUUUCUUGGUAACCAUGACGAUCGAGGGGUUGCCGAUAGCAGACUGGACAGGAUGGUGUCAGCUCAGUUUGUCCGCCUGCUGCCACAUGACUUUCAGAACGGCAUUUACCUUCGACUUGAGAUAAUGGGCUGUGGCGAUGUGGGCGGCUGCAGAGUGAAGGAGUUCCAGUGCAAAAAUGGUCGCUGUGUCCCAGCAGGUCCACUGGGUGUUGUCUGUGAUGGUGUCAAUGACUGUGGGGAUGGUUCAGAUGAGAUGUACUGUGAGCACAUUUCCUGCCUCCUUAGUGUUCACAUCUCUUUCUCCUUAUGUUCAUCUUCAGGUACAGCUUCAACCAGAGGCUUUCCAGGGCUGCAGAACCAGACCAUUUCCACAAGGAGAUCAGGUUUCGAUGGUGACAGUACAACAGGUGCCCCAGGCCUCCAUACCACCAGGUCCCAAGGUAGCCUUCCUGGUGUGGCUACAUCAGGGCUCACACGUGAACCUGGACUUCAGAAGACCACAGUUCCAAGCCAUUGGACCACCAAACCUUCCAUUUACCCAGGGGUCACCACAGGUCAGCCUGGACUUCACCUCACUACAACCCUUCGUUCUGGAAGGCCUGGUUUACAAACCACAAAAGCCCCGUGGAUCACUGCAACCCCCGAUGAUGGAGGCCUACCCAGAGUGCUUUGCGUGGAGGGCCAGUUUGCAUGCCGGUCAUUUGGCUGCGUGGACUCUGCGCAGGUGUGUGACGGCAGACAGGACUGUUUGGACGGGUCAGAUGAGGAACACUGCACCACAGCCAGACCAGUGGUGACUUCGCAGCGCCCCCUGGUGCCCAGCCCAUGCUCCCCCAAACAAUUCCCCUGUAACAGUGGGGAGUGUGUUCACCUGGACCGCAGGUGUGAUCUACAGAAAGACUGUGUGGAUGGGUCGGAUGAAAAAGACUGUGUGGACUGCAUCAUGUCCCCGUGGACAGCUUGGAGUGCAUGCAGUGUGUCCUGUGGUCUGGGCUCCUUGUUUCGGCAGAGGGACAUACUGAGGGAGGCUUUGCCUGGAGGGGCCUGUGGUGGAGCUCAGUUCGACAGUCGAGCAUGCUUCCCUCGAGCAUGUCCAGUUGAUGGUCAUUGGGCAGAGUGGACAGAGUGGUCAGACUGUGAUGUUCAGUGUGGAGGUGGAGUCAGGCAGAGGAACAGAACCUGCUCUGCUCCCCCUCCUAAGAAUGAUGGGCGGGACUGUGAGGGCAUGACCCUGCAGAGCCAGAGCUGCAACACCCAUUCCUGCACCAAAGACAUCGGCACACAGACAGGUUGUGCCAACGGUAUGGUGCUGGUGACUGAGGCAGACUGCCAGGCUGGAAGAGUUGAGCCUUGUCCUCCUACCUGCUCACACCUCAGCUUGACCAACAACUGCACUGCAGCAUGUAUCCUGGGGUGUCGCUGUCCCAGUGGUCUGUACCUUCAGGAGGGGCGAUGUGUAAAUGCCACACAAUGUGUCUGUCACUGGAACAGCCAAACACUGCAGCCAGGACAGACAGUCAGCAAGGACCAGUGCACCACAUGUGUGUGCAGGGAUGGACAAGUCACCUGUGACACCUCCAGCUGUGUGGUGAGCUGUCACUGGUCAACCUGGUCGUCAUGGUCACCAUGUGAUGUCACCUGUGGUCUGGGCCUAAAGCAUCGAUACAGGUCCCCAGUGAAGCCAGCAGGUGCAGUCAGAGUCCAGCCCUGUCCAGGAGACUCCACUGAGGCCCGCAGCUGCUCCACCCCCUGCCUCCCUGAAGGUGUUUGGAGUAAAUGGACAGGCUGGUCUGAGUGCAGUAAGACAUGCUUCAACCUCGUAGAUGAGGUGGGAAUCAGACGACGAUUCCGCAGCUGCAACCACACACUCGCUUCACUCAACCACACUCACUCUGGCUGUGAUGGAGACAGUGAGGAGCAAGAGCCUUGCAACACUGUUCACUGUCCAGUGAAUGGCGGUUGGUCAGACUGGUCGCCGUGGUCCCAGUGUUCAUCUGAAUGUGACUCUGGUGUCCAAACGAGAGAGCGAUUCUGCAGUUCACCCUCACCACAGCAUGGGGGCAGCAGCUGCCCUGGGCCUCACAUGCAGACAAGAGACUGCAACUCCCACCCUUGCUCAGGUGAGUGUCCGGAGGGCAUGGUGUACAUGACAGCAGCUGAAUGUGAGGCUCAAGGCGGUGCGUGUCCACGGGUGUGUUUGGACAUGACCUCAACAGAUGUGCAGUGUGCCACUGCCUGUUAUGACGGCUGUUACUGCGCUCUGGGCUUCUACCUGUUGAACGGCAGCUGUGUGCCCUUGGCACAGUGCCCGUGUUACCAUCAGGGGGAGACGUACCCAGCUGGUGCCACCCUGCGUGUCGAUGCCUGCAAUAACUGCACCUGCACUAAUGGAGAGAUGCAGUGUGGAACAGCUCCUUGCUCUGUGGACUGUGGUUGGAGCAGCUGGACCCAAUGGAGCACCUGUAGUCGAACAUGUGAUGUUGGUGUGAGAAGGAGGUAUCGAUCAGGAACUAAUCCUCCUCCGGCGUUCGGGGGUCGUCCCUGCAAAGGAGACAGAAUCGGGAUCGAUACCUGCAGCAUUGAACCCUGCUUUGGUGUGAAGGAGCCGUGGAGUACAUGGUCAAAGUGCUCAGUGACAUGUGGAGGAGGUUACAGGACCAGAACCCGUGGGCCGAUUAGAAUCCAUGGCACCGCUCAGCAGUUCAGCGCCUGUAAUCUGCAGCCCUGUGGUGGUGGCCGACUGUGUCCUCCAGGCCAGGAGUGGAAGCAGUGUGUGAAGGGAGCAGUGUCCUGCACAGACCUCACAAUGGAUCUCCGCAGGAACUGCACACCUGGCUGCCAGUGUCCACAAGGGACUGUCCAACAGGAUGGUGUAUGUGUGCAGGAGUCUGACUGUCGCUGUGAUGUGAAUGGGGAGCAGUACAAACCAGGAGACAUUGUCCCCACAGACUGCAACAACUGUCAAUGUAAACAGCCCCAGAAUUACCUUAUUGUACUUCAUUUUAUCUCUUCAUUUCCUGCUCAUACACACACAAUCUUUGCAGUUGAUGGCCAGUGGUCUCAGUGGACUCCUUGGGGUCAGUGCUCAGUUUCGUGUGGAGCGGGUCUCCAGUCUCGGUACCGGUUCUGUUCUAGUCCCCAUCGUUCUGGAAGUGGCCUGCCGUGUCUGGGACCUCACAGAGAGGACCAGGUCUGCAUCAGCACCCCAUGUGAUCGUGACGGUGGGUGGGGUCAGUGGAGUAACUGGACGGAGUGUACCAAGUCAUGUGGUGGGGGCAUUCGGAGCCGGAGGAGAGAGUGUGACAGUCCCAGUCCAGUGGGGGAGGGAAAUUACUGUGAGGGGCUGGGAACUGAGGUUAUAGCCUGUAACACUGACCAUUGUCCAGUUGCGCCAUGUUCUCAGGUUCCAGGCACAGCAUUCAGCAGCUGUGGUCCCUCCUGCCCUCGCUCCUGUGAUGACCUGGCACACUGUGAGUGGCGAUGUGAGCCAGGGUGUUACUGCACGGGGGGAAAGGUCCUGUCUGCUAAUGGGACAGUCUGCAUAGAGAGAGAAGACUGUCCCUGCCUGGACCUCAGCACUGGACUCUGGUUGGAACCAGGAGAAACAGCAAAAGCCAGUGACGGAUGUAACAACUGCACCUGUGAGGGAGGGAGGCUCAACUGCACUAGAUACACCUGCCCAGUGUCAGGUGACUGGUGUGAGUGGUCAGAGUGGACUCCUUGCUCCAGGACCUGUGGGGCAGAGUCGGUGUCCCGCUACAGGAGCUGUGGCUGUCCUGAGCCCAAGGCUGGAGGAGCAGCCUGCUCUGGAGAACAGGAAAUACACAACGGGGUCGGAGUUCAAAUCCAGAGACAGCCCUGCCCUGUUAUCACCUUCUGUCCAGUCCACGGUUCAUGGAGUCUGUGGUCGGCAUGGUCUGACUGUGAUGGUUGCGCUGGAUCAUCCACUCGCACCAGGGAAUGUAACAGCCCUCCUGCCAGGUUUGGUGGCCUGCCCUGUCUUGGAGAGAGCAGGCAGAGCCGCGGUUGCCAUGACAACAACACCAUCUGCUCAGAAUGCGGUGGAGGCCAGGAAGAAUGGCCCUGUGGGAAGCCCUGUCCUCGCUCCUGUUCGGAUCUCCAUGGUGACACAGUGUGCUUGGACUCCCCCGGGUGCAGCCGCACUUGUGGUUGUCCAGGUGACAUGGUUCUGCAGGAUGGAGUGUGUGUGGCCAGGGAUGAGUGUCGCUGCAAAUACCACAACAGCUCUGAUACUGGUUAGAUCCACAGUGGUCUAGAUUCCAGUAAUGGAUCAUGGGUAUGGCCUGGUGGAUCUGAUUGGCAGUUUGCAAAUCCAGGAGAGAGCAUCAUCAGCGACUGCAAAAACUGUUCAUGCGAGGCUGGGGUUCUGCACUGUCAAUCAGUCCCUGGUUGCAAUGUCGACGGUGACUCAGGGGGCCCAUGGCUGCCCUGGUCUCAGUGGUCUGCGUGUUCGGUCACCUGUGGUGGAGGGCAGCAGUCCCGCUCUCGUCUCUGCAGCUCUCUACCCUGCAGCGGCCUCAGUCGCCAGAGCAAGAUGUGCAACACCCAGGUCUGCCUCGAGGUGGGCUGCCCUCCGGGCAGGCUGUACAGGGAGUGUGAACGAGGUGAAGGUUGUCCGUUCAGCUGUUCUCAGGUCAGCGGCAGAGAGGCCUGCUACUCAGAUGGUUGCGAAGAAGGCUGCCACUGCCCUCCGCACACCUACCAACACCAUGGAGUCUGCCUGCAGGAGUGUCCGUGUCUGGCCGAUAGAGCAUUUCUGGCAUCCUUGCAGAGUGUCUCUGUCAUACCGGUCUCAUCUCUGCUCCUUAACAAUAUCUCUGAGGGAAUGGAGCUUCAGUCUGGAGACACCCUGGUUCAUGACUGCAGCACAUGUGGCUGCGAACACGGCAGGUGGAAUUGUUCCUUGGAGCAUUGCCCAGUCGAUGGAGGCCUGUCACCCUGGGGCCCUUGGAACCCAUGUUCACUGUCAUGUGGAGGUCUGGGUCUGAAAACUCGCUCCAGGGGCUGCACUCAGCCUGCCCCGGCCCAUGGAGGGAGAGAUUGCCAGGGGCCACGCCAAGAAACCACCUACUGCCAGGCCCCUGACUGCCCAGAUGAGGAUGCUGGCUUCUCUCCCUGGUCUUUGUGGAGUCCCUGCACUAAGACCUGCACUGAUGCUCUGAAGCCGGCCAUGAAGUCCCGUCAUCGACGGUGUGUCAAACCUCCUUGCUCCGGAAGCUCUCAUCAAGAGAAGGCCUGUAACCUGCCCCAGUGUCCAGAUGGAGGUGAUGGUUGUAAGGGAGCCGACUGUUUGAGGAGGAACUGUUCGUGGACAGAGUGGGGGGAGUGGGGCUUCUGUUCGCGGUCUUGCGGAGUGGGUCAGCAGCAGAGGAUCCGAACCUUUAUCAGCCCCGGGACCAAUGGGUCUUGGUGUGAAGAUAUCCUCAGAGGGAACCAGGAGCAGCGCUUCUGUAACAUCAGGCCCUGCAGAGUGGAUGGAGGCUGGUCCCGGUGGAGUCCCUGGUCCCGCUGUGAUAAGCGAUGUGGUGGCGGACGCUCCAUACGCACUCGCUCCUGCUCCAGCCCUCCGCCCAAAAACGGUGGGAAAAAGUGCGAAGGAGAGAAGAACCAAGUCAAACCCUGCAACACCAAACCUUGUGAUGAGAAAGGUUGCCCACCGGGCCAGGAGUUCGUGUUGUGUGCCGACCAAUGUCCACAGCGGUGCUCAGACCUCCAGCAGGGCAUCGAGUGCCAGGGCAACACAGAAUGUCAGCCGGGCUGUCGCUGCCCUAAAGGCCAGUUGCAGCAGGACGGGAUGUGUGUGCAGCUUUGGCAGUGUGACUGUGUGGACUCACUGGGUCAGAUUUGGGCGGCCGGCAGCUGGCAUCAGGUGGACUGUAACAACUGCAGCUGCACUGACGGACAGCUCCUCUGCACCAACCACAGCUGCCAGGCUGCGUGCGUUUGGAGCUCAUGGUCCAGUUGGGCGUCAUGCAGUGUUUCCUGCGGGCAGGGCCAGAGAACCAGAUACAGGUCUCUGAUCCCAGAGACUGAAGGAGCAGAUUGCCACUUUGAGGAAGUCCAGCAUAAAUCCUGCGACCCAGGAUCCUGCCCGCCCCUCUGUCUCCAUCACAACCAGGAACUCACUGUGGGGGACACCUGGCUACAGGGAGAGUGUAAACAAUGCACAUGUACCCCAGAGGGAGAUUACUGCCAAGACAUUGACUGCAGAGUGGAUGGUGGUUGGACCCCCUGGUCAGUUUGGUCCGACUGCUCAGUGACCUGUGGAAAGGGGACACAGGUUCGAACCCGUGCCUGCAUCAACCCCCCACCACGAAACAAUGGGUCUCACUGCAGUGGGCCAGAGAGAGAAAUCCAGGAGUGUCGUACCCCGCCCUGUCUGGAUGACCUUUGCCCCUGGUCACCAUGGUCACCAUGUUCCCGGACCUGUGGUGCGGGGUCUGUCACACGGCGCAGGGUGUGUGUGUGUGAGGAAGGGGGUGAUGCAGCAUGUCCCACUGAGAUCGAGGCUGAGAGGAACACAGAGGAGACCCAGCUUUGUUACAAACAGCCCUGUCCAGGCUGUCCCAUGUCGCAGUGGAGUGUUUGGUCUCAGUGCUCCUGUGUGUCUCAGAGGCAGCAGCGCUACCGUGUAGCUCUCUCCCCAGCCACCAGGGGGCAACAGUGCACUCCUGUUGAAACACAGAGCAGGGCAUGCAGCCAAAGUCAAUGUGAUGACUGUGAAGCCCCCUUCGUGUACUCAGACUGUGGUGCGCCCUGCGAGAAGCAGUCAUUAUACUUUUCAGCUAACACUGAGCCAUUUUCUUCCUUUCCCCUCCAGGGCCUGCUGCAGCAGAACGGGAGCUGUGUUCCUCCAGAGGAAUGUGGCUGCGUCCACCUGCAGCACCAAGCUCCAGGACAACCACCUACACCUGUUACUGUCCCUCAGGGGGCCACGGUCACCAUAGGCUGCAGUACCUGCCUUUGCCAUGAUGGGACUUUGCAGUGUGACAUGAGAGAGUGUGAAGUCAUCAGCAGCGAGUGGUCAGAGUGGACUGCCUGCUCUCCCUGUGUGCCCUCCUCAUCCCUGCAGCACAGCACUCUCCAAGGGGGGGUUAUCAGUGGCACUAAAAUGGUUUCAAUUCAGAGACGUUUCCGGGCCUGUUUGGACCUUGAUUCUGGUCUUCCAGUCUCUAGAGAGGAGGAGCAGAGCCAAUGUCCAGGACCGCUGGUAGAGGAGAGGCUCUGUCCAGAUGCUAACAUCUGUAAAGAUCUGUGUCAGUGGAGUGUGUGGAGUGCCUGGACGGCCUGUGCGGAGCCAUGCAGCGGUGGAGUGAGGCAGCGCUUCAGGCGGCCCUUGGCCUUUCCUUUGGGACCCAGCUGUAAGAGCCAACAGACCCAGAGCCAGAGCUGCAACACAGGGCUCUGCCCAGGUGAGCGCUGUGAGGAUAGGGGACGGAUGUACCAAGAGAGCUGUGCCAAUCAGUGCCCUCGCAGCUGCACUGACCUAUGGGAGCAUGUUCAGUGUCUGCAAGGAGCCUGUCAUGCAGGUUGUCGGUGUCCGAAUGGACAACUGUUGCAGGACGGUCACUGUGUGCCAGUGACGGAGUGUCGCUGUGGUAUCCCAUCAGGUAACGGGACACUGGAGUUCAUCCCUAAAGAGGAGCUUACCGUGGACUGUAACACCUGUGUGUGUGAGAAUGGCACUCUGGUGUGCACCAAGCUUCCCUGCCCCGUGUACGAACCCUGGAGCCCAUGGAGCAUUUGCUCAACUUCCUGUGGGCGAGGCCAGAGGACAAGGACACGCCUCUGCCAGGAAAAAGAGGGUGGCCCUCCCUGUGCUGAAACCUCACGGACAGAGAGCUGUGACCUGCCAUCAUAGUGUCCCAGCGGGCAGGUGUUCAGUGACUGUUCUGGUUCCUGCCCAUAUACCUGCGAGGAUCUGUGGCCACACACUCAGUGUUUACUUGGACCCUGCACCCCUGGGUGCAACUGCCCCUCUGGACAAGUGUUGUACGGAGGCUUGUGUGUGUCCCAUGCUAACUGUCCCUGUUCAGCGCUCUCCCUGCCGACUGGUUACCAAAGCUUGAAUAUUAGCACCAUGGGGAUCACAGAAGCUUUGCUGCCACCUGGAACAGCCAUUCAGCACCUCUGCAAUACAUGUGUUUGCCAAGGUGGAGCGUUCAACUGCACCUCAGAGCUAUGUGAUGCCUGUCCUGACGGGGAGCAGUGGAGGAGGAGUGUGUCGGGGGAGAUCUUGUUGUGUGAGAGGAGCUGCCAGGACAUUUACUCCUCCUCUCCUGUCAACUGCAGUCACUCUGUGGAGGGCUGCGUGUGUCAGGAGGGGCUUUAUCGAAACACGGAGGGCGUGUGUGUCAUCCCCGCCCUCUGCCCCUGCCAUGACCAGGGCAUCCUACGAGAGGCAGGAUCAGAGUGGGAGGAGGGCUGCACGUCUUGCCGCUGUGUCAACGGCAAAAAACUGUGCCAGUUGAGGUGUCCUCCACUCCACUGUGAUGAGGGGGAGGUCAAGGUGGAGGAACCAGGCAGCUGCUGUCCAGUCUGUAGGAAGCAGUUUCCAGGCGAGCCAGAGUGUCGUCGCUACAUGCAAGUCAGGAACAUCACCAAGGGAGACUGUCGGCUUGACAACGUGGAGGUCAGCUUCUGCAGGGGACGCUGUCUGUCCAGGACCGAUGUCAUCCUGGAGGAGCCAUACCUCCAGUCAGUUUGCGAGUGCUGUAGUUACCGUUUGGAUCCUGACAACCCGGUGCGUUUCCUCAGCCUGCAAUGUGAGAACGGCGAGAGCGAGCCGGUCGUCCUCCCCGUCAUACACAGCUGCGAGUGCACCAGUUGCCAAGGAGGUGACCUGUCCAGACGCUGAGGGAGUAUGCUGUGUGUGCGUGUGUGUGUGUGUGUGUGUAUUUGUGUGAAUGUGUGUAUGCACUACAGAAUGAGAGCAGUAUGAACUCCAUCCCAAGUGAGAGCACCACACUGAAAAAUAGGAAGGGUGAUACAUGGAGGAUUCAGGAUGGAUAGAUGGAUGAAAGAGUGGACUAGUGCUGAAGAAGUCCCUGUUGAUGCACACAUUGUUCUGUAGUCCUUAGUCAUCAUAUGACUGCUGAUCUUAGAGUUCCUCUCUUUGUUUAUUCUUCAGCCUGUACAGCCUUUUUCUACUGUAUAUUUAUAGAUUAAAAGACCUAUGAUACGAUCUGAGUAAGACCUAUUAUACAUUUAUAUAUAUGUUUCUUUUGUACGUUUAAAGAAAAUGUAUAUGUACCAGAUUUCUCCUUUAAUUAUAUUGGAUUUUACAAUAACUGGUUAGAUGUUUACGGUGCAUUUCCAGUGGACUGGUCAAUAAACAUUUUCUUCACAU